UUUCGACGGUCCUUCUUGGUGGUGUACGUACCAAAUAUCAGGAACUUCUCGUUGGAAGACAGGCUUGCCAUUUCGAUGAUAGGACCAGUAUAUUUGAUUACCUCUGUGCUUAUCUGUGAAGAUCUAGUUCACGGUUGAAUAGCAGAAGCGAGCCGCAUCAUAAAUGUAAAGAAUACCCGGAGUCGGCCGGAGUCAAGGUGACUGUUGGGUUCGGAGUCAGGGGUCAGCGAAUUAAGUAAAUAGUAUGUUCGGAGUCAGCAGGGUGUCUCAGGUACAUCACUGUUAGUUGAGUGGUUAUCCGACUAUUCACACAUCUAUGUUAUUUUUGAGUAACCCAGUGUCGCAUCAGAUAAACACGGAGUCAAACUGUGCCCGAAGUUGGACCAACAACAUACGAGGCCUAAUUGACUCCGGUUACGAAUCGUCUACACACGCUGUGGAAAUGCACGAUAUUAAAGGCCCUGAGACUUCCCAUGGUCAGUCCUAAAGGCUAGGAGACGAUCCAAUUGAACGCAAUACCAACCAUUCAAAUUCUUCGCCCCCACAGAAUGGCGCCCGCGGCUACCGAAACCCCCGAUACCUCGGUAUCGCCGAGCGAGCGUAGCGAGACACCAAUCGAUACUUUCCUGACGGGACUGUGCAAGUUCGAGCCUCUCCCAAACGUACGAACGAUCCUGAUUACCGGCGGGGCAGGAUUCAUUGGAAGCUGGGUAACACGACACCUGGUCCGGCAAUAUGCCGAGACAUAUAAUGUGAUAUGUCUUGAUAAGAUGGAUGUGGUGGCCUCAUUGAAUAACAUCCUCGACUUGUUCACCUGUCCCAAUUUUCGCUUCCUUCAUUGCGACCUCAAUGAUCAAGACACUGUCCUGUUUGCGCUUCAAACCUACCGCGUGGAUUGCGUCCUGCACUUCGCAGCAAGCAGCCAUGUCCAAAACUCAUUUAGUGACCCUUUCACAUUCACGCGGAACAAUGUGCUCGGGACUCAGAGCCUCCUGGAGGCCGUUCGAUCCUAUGGUAAGGUAACGCGGUUCAUCCACGUGUCGACAGACGAAGUCUACGGCGAGACGAACGGCCAAAUGGCAACGGAGGCGUUCACACCAAUGCGACCGACAAAUCCUUAUUCAGCUAGUAAGGCUGCAGCAGAGAUGUACGUGAUGGCAUAUCAGAAGAGCUUUGGACUUCCCGCCAUUAUCGUGCGCAGCAAUAAUGUCUACGGCCCGGGGCAAUACCCCGAAAAGAUUAUCCCCAGGUUCACCGGCCUGAUGCUCAAAGGCCACAAACUUACCCUUCAAGGAAACGGAGACAAUGCCCGCCGGUUUCUCUAUGGAGCAGAUGCCGCCGACGCAUUCGACACAAUCCUGCACAAGGGAGAGGUCGGGGAGAUAUAUAACGUUGAUUCCCGCUACGAGAUAACAAACCGCAAGGUAGCGGCCAUGAUCAUCGAGUUGUUUGGACACGACCCGGUCAAAGGCUUCAGCAACAUGGUCGCCUGGUUGCCUGAUCGGCCGUUUAACGAUAAUGACUACGCGGUUGAUGGGAGCAAGCUUCAAGCGCUCGGUUGGACUCAGAAAAUCAACUUUGAUACUGGGUUAGCGAUGACAGUCGAUUGGUAUAGGAAGCACAUGGCGACCUGGUGGCACUACCAUUAUGCCCAAGAUGGGAAGCAACUUGUCGCAGAAUCAUUCCCUGUUUAG